UCUGUGCUAGCAAAUCUUUACCUGCUGAAUUUCUGCCAGACACAUGACUGACCAAAGUGUACAAACUGGGUAUAAACAUCACAACCAGUUACCACAUGCUCAACCUUGUCUCUGCAGACUGAACAUGGAAGACGUAGUGUCUUGUUUGGAAAUUGUAAACACAUGGAAUGGCUUGCCCCUCUCUUCGGAAACUAGUAGUUUUAAGCGGGACUGUCAGGUGCAGUGUAAAGAAAACAUAUUUCAUGGUUAGAAUGGACACCUCCCUGCACACUUGUGGUGCUGUCAGUUAAAACUGGUGUGUCAGCAGAGAACCGCGAGGGAUAAUUACCAGGUCUGAGGAUAAGUGCCUAUAAAACAGCAAAAUCCACCCUUCCUCUUUUAAACUACCAUGUCUGGGUGGUGGAACCUGCUCUAUACCAUGAGACUCUCUGCAUCUCUGAUCAUCAUCCUCCAGGCUAUUCUGCCUCUUAUAGCGGAACAAGAAAGAAGGCUGCGCUUCGUUAUACUGGUGUAUCGUCAUGGUGAUCGCUCCCCUCUUGGCACCUACCCCACAGAUCCCCACAAAUCAGAAGCCUGGCCACAAGGUUUCCAUCAGCUCACUGAGGUAGGUAUUUUGCAACAGAAGGUGCUGGGACGGUUCCUGAGGAAGAGAUAUAAUGGAUUUUUGAGUCCUUCCUACAAGCCACAGGAGAUAUACGUUCGCAGCACUGACUAUGACCGUACCAUAAUGAGUGCCCAAGCUAAUCUGAUGGGACUUUAUCCAAACUCAGAUCCACAAACCGGUUGGAAUCCCAUUCCUGUCCACACAGUGCCUGUUAAGUAUGACAAGCUGCUGAAGCCACCAACGCGAACCUGUUUACGAUACCAACAGCUAAUGGAAGAAACGGUUAAUUUGCCAAGCUAUCAGGCUAAAAUGGAAACCUGGAAGGGUUUCAUAACAGAGAUGGCCAACUGUACAGGACUUCAACCUGAACAGAUGACCCUGAGGGCCCUUUGGAAGGUGCAAGACUCUCUCUUCUGCCAGAAAAUGCAUAACUUGACCUUGCCCAGCUGGGCCACACCCCAGGUCUUGAAGACGCUUUCAGAGAUAGAAGCAUUUAAUGUUGACGCUCAUGUGGGAAUGCACAGCAGGCAGGAGAAGGCCCGGUUGACGGGAGGAUUGUUACUGGGUGCUAUCCUGAGCAACUUCUCCAAAACAGUGUGUCGAGAUCUACCUCUGAAGAUGAUUAUGUAUUCCGCUCACGACAGCACCUUAAUUGCUCUUCAAGGAGCCCUGGGCGUUUAUAAUGGUCACCCACCACCAUAUGCUGCCUGUCAUGGAUUUGAAUUCUACCAAGAAACCAAUAACUCCUUCACUGUUGCCAUGUUUUACCGGAAUACUAGUGAUCAGCAACCCCACACACUAACCUUGCCUGGAUGUCCUACACAUUGCCCAUUACCACUCUUCACCAAACUCACUCGUGCAGUUGUUCCACAGGACUGGGAUGCCGAAUGCCAAAACCCUCAGAACCGUACAGGGCACACCGUUACAGCUCUGGCUGUGGCUGUAGGUCUCCUGAGUGUGGCUUUAAUUGGCUUGGGUAUCUUGCACUGGAGAAAGCGACGGGAAGAUGGACCAAUGGCAAUGAACAACUGCCUUCACUAGAACACAAGACAGGCAACAGUUGCUGAGCAUUCAGAGAAAGUGCAGCCCAAUAGGCUGGAGUCUGGACCAACUUUCCCCCAUAGCCCCUUUAUCAAGCCCGGAGUCAAAUGGUUUCAGUUCAGGAGCAUUGCUGAUAUUAAUGCUCGAGGCAAGUUUAGUGUACCAAAUUAGUAGGAAAAAUGGUCUAAAAAAUCAAAAUGGAAAGUAUUGAAAUGCCAUCAUU